AUGGUUGGAAGACAGACGAUCCGCAUGGAUAGUGGAAAUGGCCCAGUGACAGUUAUGGAUGAGAGUCCCACAUCUAGCCCCAGCUCCAGCCCCAGUCCUGACAUGCUGACCCCCGACAGUCGGCGUCCGGAGACCCUGCAGCACUCCAGGGUGGUCCAGGCCGGUGGGCUCGGUGGCAGAGGGCGACCGGCAGCAGCCAACGCAGCACGGGAGAGGAGUCGAGUGCAGACCCUGAGAAGCGCAUUCCUGGAGCUACAGAGGACUCUUCCGUCGGUGCCACCGGACACAAAACUGUCCAAGCUCGACGUGUUGAUUUUGGCCACCACGUAUAUUGCCCAUCUGACUCGGACCUUGCAAGAAGAGGGGAUGGAGGAGGGAGAGAGCAAUAGACAAACAGAGGCCUUACACUCGCUGAAAGGUGAAGGUUACCUGCACCCUGUGAAAAAGUGGCCAAUGCGAUCCAGGUUAUACGUCGGCGCCAGCGGUCAGUUUCUGAACAAUUCAAAACAGACAGAAAAUCAAGGCGCAUCAUCGUCGACCUCGCAGACAUAA